AUGGAGGGAGAGCUUAAUUACGCUUCCAUUGUUUUCAAAGCUAACAAGCCCUCCACAUCCAAAGCUAAACGUGAGGAGGAAACCGUGUAUGAUGACGUGAAGGUUCAGGGCAACACAGCAGAUCUAAAUACAGAUACACAAGAUGAGAAGCCUCCCUCCUUUUCUCCUUCUUUUCCACUGGUAUUGGUGUGUUGGCUGAUAUUCUUAGUCAUCAUGGCCCUUCGUUUCUACUUUACCUCGCUCAUUUCUGACAAUAUGGCCAAGCUGAGAGAAAACCAGACAGCCAAUGACAGCUUGAGGAGGGUUCUCAGCGAUCAGACGGUCCUCAUUGGUGACCUGAGACAAAACAACAGCAUCCUGACUUCAGAAAGUCAGCAGCUGCAGAUGGAGAAGAGCGCCUUAGAGAGACAAGUGGAGAAGCUGAGGAGAGAGAGGACUGAGCUCAGCUUGACUCGGACACAGAGGAUCCUUGAUGCCUACUGCCCCAAAACAGGAGACAAGGAAGAGAGACAGUGUAAUCCUUGUCAGGAGGGCUGGCUUCUUUCCCCGUCCAAGUCCAGCUGUUAUCUGGUUAUAACAACAAAUAAUUUCAAUGAAUGGAAAACCUGGGAAGAAGCUGGAGAAGACUGCAGGCAGAGGAAUGCAGAUUUGGUUGUGAUAGAAAAUGGACAUGAGCAGGAAUUCAUCCAGGAAAUCAGACAGGAGUCCACUCACGAUAGUUCCUACAGCUACUGGAUUGGCUUGAGAAGAACAAGUGGGGUCUGGAAGUGGGUCAAUGGAAGUGAUCUCACUGAAAAGUAA